UAGGAAUGAAUCAUUUAUGUACAAAUGUAAUGUGCUCAAAUCUAGAAUCUAUCAGAGAAUACUUUUCAAGCUCCCACCCAAUCUCCCGCAAAUCAAUCAAUCACGUUCGUGUUUAGAUUUACACGUAGAUUUACACGUUCGUGUAUAGAACAAUUAACUGCCGUUGCCUAUCAACUUCACUGGAUGAGGUUGUCAAAUUGAGUGAUUUCAAAUGGAGAAAAAAGAAGCCUGCAAAUCUGGAUAUGGAGUGUGUGAUAGAGCAGUAAUGAGUCAACCCAACACUCCGGCAAAGUGGAACUCAAGGAUUCUGGACUGUUGCAUUGACAGGAGAGUCUGUUUGUGUGGCACCUUCUGUUCAAUGUGCCUAGCCUGUCAGAUGGCUGAGAGGUAUGGUGAAUGCUUCUGUCUCCCCCUGCUGCCAACAACAAUGAUGAUGAUGCGCACAUCAAUGAGAGAGAGAUACAACAUCCCGGGCAGCUUAAUUGAUGACUGGGCAGUGCACAUGUUCUGUGGACCCUGUGCUCUAUGUCAGAUGGCAAGAGAGAUGAAACACCAGCUGGGUUGAGAUUGAAAGGCAAUCAAUCCAUUUUAGCUUUGGGGAUCUGUGCAUACCUAAUAAAAUAAGAAGAAACACA